AUGUAUUUAUUGUCUCCUUCCAAGGUUGGAUUGAUCCUGCAGUUCCAUUUGCCUGGAAGUAAUAGUCUAUCUUGCAAACCAGUCAAUCCUGAUGGCGUUUACACCAUUAAGUCUUUUAAAACGAACAAAUAUCUCAAAGUCGAAUGGAAGAAUAACGCGACUAAGUUGUCCUUUACGGGAAAUCCAAGCGACUGUGGCAUUUGUAAGUUAUCAAGCCAAAUAUAUUGUAUUGUUUCCUCCGCUGAAAGCCCGGUUUCUUUCGCUAGAGAGGUUAGAAAACUGUGGUGUACAAGACCAACGUCGAUGAAAAUGAUGAUAAUUGAAGAUGAAAGAAAAUGUUAACGUCACAGUGAGAAAGUCAAUGCAUAGCUAAUCCAGAAAUCAGUAUUUUUAGGGUCUUAGGGUGUGGAUACUUCAAGGAUUUAAAGAUAAUGUUCUUUAGUUGUAGUUCCGCACUACUGAAGUUAUAACAACAAUGUAUAGUAACAAUUACCAUCAUCAUCAUAAAUAUUAUUAUUGUCAUUAUUAUUAUUAUCAUUAUUAUAAAUCAAAACGUUACUGCUAAAAUAGACCUCUUUCUUCAAAAAGUUCAACAGCAGCCAAUAUAAAAACAAAGAAUCAAUUUUUUUUCCAUUCAACCUUUUUUUUUUCGCUCUCCUCGCUUUCCCUAUUUUUUCUCUCUCCUUUUCCAUUAUUAGUGUUGUGUAAGACACUUCCCUUUAUAAAUUGGCCCCCUUUCAGUCAAAUGACUGCAAUUUCGGUUGUUACUUUCUUUAAAAAACCCGCAAGAACCAUAAUAACUUUAUUAAAAUCACAAAUAUUUCACAUGUAAAGUUUUGGUUUGUUUUGUUUUGUUUUUUUUCAGAUUUUGUUCCUAAGGGUAAUGUCACCAGAAGAGCAUUUUCACUUUAUGACAAGACAGACUAUUAUCUAGCUGUAAAACACGGCAAAAUGGUUGUGAAGGUAGGCGUUCCAGCCCAGCACUUUUAGUAAUAUAAUUACGAGAUUUGGGUGAUAAAGUAUCGCUGUCUAAAAUUCCAAUGAUUUAUGGAAAAUGUUUAUUCAGUUAAUUUAUUCGAACUCGUUUUUCAUGUUAACAUUCCCUCGCGGAUAGCGUUGCUUCACUAUACAAUGUAUUAACCACAGAACCCACAAUCCCUUGAUUUUUUUCUGACCGAAUCAAAAUUUCUGCAUGCUUUGAAAUUUAUGGUGAUACAUUUUCGCCCCAUGCAAGGGAGCCCGAUCUUUGGAAUCAGGGAAAUCUUCGACUGUGGAAUCCGGGAUUGGGGAAGUUUUAGCUCGAGGAAUCCUGAAACCUGGGCUUUGGAAUCCGGAGUACAGCUCAAGGAAUCCGGAAUCCCACUUAUGAUUGGCCUAUCCGGAAUCCAAGUUCCACGUGACAAAGAAUCCUCAAUCCAGUACCUGGGAACCGGAAUCCCAUUCAAUGGAUUCCAGAAUCCAACACUAUCUGGAUCAACUUAGGUUUCUGGGAAACAGCCCACCCAAUACCCCUCCCCUAAGCCAACAUUUUGCCCCAAGUGAGAAGUAAGUGGUUAGAUUUAGGUAGCUGGGCAGUUUCCUAAAAACCUUAUUGCUCUUAUCAUCUAUUUGCAGAAGAUGAAUCCGUCUAGACGGCAGCUUGGGAACGAAUAUCUUUUCCAAACGAGGAGAAUUAACCUGAAUUACAGCCGGGGAGAAAACAAUAAUGUCUCAGAGAAAUAUAAAGUUCUUGUUUCCAUGUCAACUAACAAUUCUAAGUAUAACGCGAUCAAAAGUAACAAGUUCGGGAAAAUUUCUUUGGGAAAUUGGAAGGACUGUAGAGCAUGGUUUGAUGUAAGACCCAAGAAAAAAGAAUUAGUUUAG